AUGCCACAACCAGGACCCCCACCACCACCGCCGCCACCACCACCACCCCAUCACAUGCAUCCCGGUUUUUCUCCAUCACCUUACAAUGGACUUUAUGCUCCUCCACAUCAAUAUCAUAAUCCAAAUGUAUAUGGACCUUAUCCAACAGAUACAAUAUCUUAUUCUCCACGUUCGGCUUGUAGUCAUACAUCAUCAUCAACAAAUCCAUCACAUUGUUUACUUCAUCUAUCAGAAAGUAAUGGUUCACCAACAACGACAAUAGUAGGAUGUACUACAUCUAUAUCAACACCAUCAACUAAUUCAACAAAUAAUCAACAACGCCGUUCACCUGUAUAUAAUGCAAAUAAUAAUGCUUGUACUACAACUGGAGGAGGAGGAGGAGGAUCAAAUGGAAGAAAUUUAAAUAAUAUUGGACAAAAACGACGUAUACUACAAUCUCAUGCGAAUAAUAAUUCAUAUGUAAAUAAUGUUAGCAUGAAUGGUUCACAUAAAUCCCAACAUCAUCAUCAUCAUCAUCCACCACCACCACCGCCAUCAUUAGCACAUUACGCUCCAUUUUAUCGAGAUAUGAUUGUUCAACCAACUAAUGAACCUGUUGAUUUAGCAGUUGCUGCUGAACUUGAUCAAGAACGACAUACUAUUGAAAAAAGUCUAUCAAAAUUAUCUCCACCAAUUAUUCAAGAUAUUGAAAGUCGAAGUGCUUUAGUAAGAAUUCAACCACCACGUUCAACAUCAUCAACAUCAUCACAAUCAGAUUAUUCUAUUGAUUUUACUAAUCUUAUUUAUGAAUUAUUAUUAUCUGAUAAAGGCAAAGAAGCCAAAUAUAAACAAGUCUAUUGUGGUGAUGCAAAUGAAAUAACUUUAAAAGAUCUUAAACCUGCAACAGAAUAUCAUUUAAAAGUAUGUGCAUGUAUUGAUUCAUGUAAAGGUGAAUACACAAAUUCAAUUCCAUUCAUAACUGAACAAUGUGAACCAGAUCGACCAGUACCACCGAAAUUACUCGGUAGUCGAUUAAAAAAUUCUUUAACAUUAAAAUGGACAGCAACAGCUGAUAAUGGAUCAAAAAUUUCAAGUUAUAUUCUUGAAUAUGAUGAAGGUAAAGGUCGAGAAUUUGUUGAAGUAUAUCGUGGUAUAAAAAAACAAUUUAUGCUUACUAAAUUAAUUCCGGCAACAUUUUAUGCUUUUCGUUUGGCGGCUGAGAAUAGUAUUGGACGAAGUGAAUUUAGUGAAACAGUUCAAUUUAGUACAUUAGGUACAAUUCCACCUGAACCUGAUUCUCCAAUGUUACUUGAAAAAGGUAUUAAACAUUUAACAUUAUUAUGGACUAAACGACCUAUUGAUGAAACAUUUACAUUACAAAUGAAUGAUGAAUCAAAUUAUUUUCGUAAUAAAUAUACAGGUCCAUUAUUAACUUAUACAGUUACUGAUUUAUAUCGAAAUACAGAAUAUAAAUUUCGAUUAGCAGCACAUAAUCAAGAAGGUCAAAGUAAUUUUUCUCAAAUAGCUACAUAUAAAACGUUACCUGAUCGACCAGAUCCACCAGCUAAACCAAGAAUAAAAGGACAAAUACAAGCAACACAAUGUCGUAUAGCUUGGGAUCCACCAAGAGAUAAUGGAGGUGCAGAUAUUCAACAAUAUCAUCUUGAAUUAGAAGAAUCAAAAGGUUUUCAUGUGAUUUAUAAUGGUUUAGAAACAGAAUAUUUACUUGAACAACUUAUACCUGGUCAUGUAUAUUCUCUUCGUUUAUCAUGUUCAAGUACAGGUGGUCAAAGUGAUCCAUCAGAUAUAACACAAAUAAAAACACCAGCUGUAGCACCUGCUUCAUGUCAUCCACCAAAGAUUUCUGGAAAACCAAAAGCAAAUUCUUUACAUCUUCGUUGGGCAUAUCCAGAUUAUGAUGGUGGUUCACCUGUUAUUGAAUUUGAAGUUCAAGUAAUAAAUUCUGAUAAUUCAUCACGUAUGGUCUAUCGUGGACGUGAUCUUGAUUGUAUUGUUGCUGGUUUAUUACCCGGUCGACCAUAUAUAUUUCAAGUUCGAGCAUUUAAUCGUGCUGGUGCUGGUCCAUGGUCAGAAUAUCUUGAUGUUCUUUCUGGUCCCGGUGUACCUGAAGCACCACGAAAUAUUGUCGUUACAUGUCGUACAGCAAAUAGCGCAUUGAUAAGUUGGGAAGAAGGUGUAAAUAAUGGUGCAGCUAUAACCGAAUUUCGUCUUGAAUGGUCUCGAAAAGAAAAUGAUUCAUUCAUGCAACUUUAUUGUGGUACAAAUUGUACAUAUGAAGCUAAAGGACUUACACCUGUUACACAUUAUUUUUUUCGAGUACAGGCAGUUAAUUUAGCUGGUCCUAGUCCAUAUAGUAUGUUAGCAUCAUGUGUUACACCAGCAGCUUCACCUUCAAUAGUUACAUCUGUUAAAGCCCACCCUAAGUCAACAUCAAUGACAAUAACUUGGAAAGAACCAUCUAAUAAUGGAUCACCUAUAACUGGUUAUUAUAUUGAUAUUGGUGAAAAAGAACUUAUUUUUGCUAGUCCAGAAUUGACAGAAUAUAACAUAGAUGAAGUAUUACCUGAUACAGCUUAUAGAAUUCGUAUACGAGCUGUAAAUUCAAUAGGACAAGGCCCAUAUUCGUCAACAGUUAAGUGUCAUACGAAAUGUUUACCACCUGAUGCACCACAACUUGAAUGUGUAACAGCAACAUAUAAUUCAAUAAAAUUAAAAUGGAAUACAAUCAAUCAUAUAAUUCCAACAGUAACAAGUAAUACUGAACAGACAACAUCAACGCGUGUUAUUACGUAUAUUAUUGAAAUGGAAGGAAAAGACGAAAAUUUUAAUUGUGUUUAUAGUGGAAAUACAUCUUCACAUAAAAUAAAUAAAUUACAAGAAAAUACAUCCUAUCAUUUUCGUAUAUGUGCAAAAAAUGAUACUGGUCCUGGUCCUUGGUCAGAAAUUUAUACAUUUACAACAAAAAAAGCACCACCAAAUGCUUUAAAAGCUCCAAAUAUAACAGAAAUAACAUCUACCUCAUGUGUAUUCAACUGGCAAGCUCAUAAACCUCUUGGUAGAGAUACUUUAAGUUAUAUAUUACAACUACAAAUCUAUAGAAAAGAAAAUGAUUAUAGCGAAAUUUAUAAUGGUGAAUUAACAUCAUAUCGUGCAACAAAUUUAGAAUCCGGUGUUGAUUAUCGUGCACGUGUUUGUGCUAUUCGAACAACAAAUGAAGGUUUAUCAUUAUAUAGUCCAUUUAGUCCUGCAACACAUUUUGUUUUACCGCGACCAGAAGAUUUAGCUGCAGCACUAUCAGCAUCAAAAGCAUUAGAUAAUCGUUUAUUAAAUAAUGAUAAUCGUGAACAACAACUAUCAUUUAUAAAUCGAUAUCGUUUAACAAUUUAUCGAAAAUUUCAAUCAAUGAAAUUAUUAGAAAAUCGUACGUUAACUGAUCAACAAUGGGCAUUUGUUAUAUCAGUUGGUUUUGCUUUAUUAGCUAUAUUUAUUGCCAUAUUUGCCAAUGUUAUCUAUUCAAGGUAUAAUAAUGAUGCAUCAAUAUCAGUCGAUAAUACUUUUUCUCCUUCUUCUUCUUCUUCUUUUCCAGGAAUAAGAAAAUAA